AAGUGAAUUUUAAAAAUUUAAAAAUUAAAAGUAAUACAUGAUAUAUUUUUCUUAUUUAACCAUUCUUACAUAGGUUACAUAUUACAUAGGUUAUGACAACCGCUUUGUAACUGUAAUAUUCUUAACUAUAAAAUUGGCGCACACAACAUGAUUACUCCAUUAAAAGGCUACGUCCGGUUUUGCAUUGAGACAGUAUGAGCUUGUUACAACAAAAUAAUAGAUCCAGAACAAAAUUUUUUUCGUACCAUCUUGGUAUAGUUUAAAUUAUUUUUAUAAGAUAAAAUUGUACUAUAAUAACAUAAUUUUAUAUUUAUCUUUAUUCAUUUAACUAUUCUAAUAAUUUUUUAUAAAUAAUAUAACAAUACAUAUUAUAUAUUUCUUCUAUAAUUAUUAUCAUUAUUAUUGAAAGUCUUUUUUUAUUGAUUCCGCAUUUUAUUCAUCAUUAUAAAGAAAAAAUUUAUAUAUGAUAAUUUGAAAUGUUAUUAUUAUAAUCAACAUUGUAAACAUGUUCAUUUAAUAUGUCGCAGAUGAAAUAUAAAUCCGUUCGAUAGGAUUAUGGUUUAAGAAAUUGAGAAGGACAAGCAUAAGAAAUCUAGAUCCUUUCAUAUAGCGUUUAUAAUACUUCAACUAUACAGCUACAUAUUGUAUUAUACGGAUUAUAUUAAUAUAUCUACAUAUUAAUCUAAAGUAUAAUUUUCAAGUAUUUCUUUACAUCAGAUAUAGAUGCAUCAGAUUCUUUAUCAGGAAGUGGUUAGCGAUCAUCAUACAAAAUGAUCCCUUUAUAUAUUUUUUAAUGAUAUUUACAAUUAUUGAUUUUAAAUUUUAUAAAUAUCGAUUAAGAGGAAAAAAAAAAGAAAAGAAAGAUCGCGUUAGUUCAUAUCUAUAUUCUUUUUUUCGAGAAUUUUCUCGGAAGAAAUGCUGGAAUGGUGAGAGAGGUGAAACCUACAUUGCUGCACAGUGUUGUCCAAUUGGUAUGUAUAGAGUUUGUUCAAGGGACCUACACCAAGCUUGAGCGAGAAGUAAAGAGGAGAGGGAGAUAUGACUGGUUUCGAAAAUCAGCUUUCGUCCCGCUCGCACGAAUGUUGUCUCAGUAGCUUUCAUACGCGACCGUGACACGGAACGAUUCGGUCGUUGUCUCCUCACUGUCGUCGCAUCGCUCAAUUCGAAUUUUUGUAUACGAGCUAGUGACAAAAAAUUUUUUUUAAUAAGUGUAAUACGAAAGCAUACGAAAUUUUAUACCAUGACUGACAGAGGAUGGUUACAGGGUUUAAACGGACGAUUAGCAUUUGCUAUUGCAGCUGCUGCACUUGGAUCAUCAUUUCAACAUGGGUACAACACUGGUGUCGUCAAUGCACCUCAGCAGCUUAUUGAAGAUUGGAUCAGUAACUUGAAGAUGAACCGUACUGGUCAAGUAACAAAACAAUCAGAAGUGACUAUGAUAUGGUCAAUAGCGGUGUCGAUAUUUUGUGUAGGCGGAAUGAUCGGUGGUUCUCUGGUGGGUUCGAUAGCCGAUCGUUUUGGUAGAAAGGGUGGUCUGUUAAUAAACAAUAUCCUAGUUGUCUUGACAGUAAUUUUCGAGGGCUGCGCCAAAACAGCGAAGAGUUAUGAAAUGAUAAUUAUAGGAAGAUUUCUGAUUGGUAUUAAUGCAGGAUUAAAUGCUGGUUUGGCGCCUAUGUAUUUAUCUGAAAUAUCACCUAUUCAUUUACGAGGAGCCGUUGGAACGGUUUAUCAAUUAGUUAUCACUAUGUCUAUUUUGGUAUCACAAAUUCUUGGAUUAGAACAAAUUUUGGGUACGGCCGAACAAUGGCCUCUUCUUUUAUGUUUGACAAUUGUGCCUGCAAUCUUCCAAGUAAUUGCUCUUCCAUUCUGCCCCGAAAGCCCGAAAUAUUUGUUAGUCACUAGAGGAAAGGAUAUGGAAGCUCAGAGAGCUUUAGCUUGGUUACGUGGCACGAUCGAAGUUCACGAUGAAAUGGAAGAAAUGAGGACGGAAUAUGAAUCAGUAAAACUUGUGCCAAAGGUUACAUUGAAAGAAUUAUUUGUAAAUUCUACUCUUAGAAUUCCAUUAAUAAUUGCGCUUAUGGUUAUGUUCGCGCAACAAUUAUCUGGUAUAAAUGCUGUAAUGUUCUUUUCGACGAAAAUCUUUAUGAUGGCACAAUUGGAUAAAAAUGCGGCUCAAAAUGCAACAUUAGGUGUUGGAGCAAUGAAUGUUCUUAUGACUUUUAUUUCUUUAAUACUUGUUGAAAGAGCUGGAAGAAAAACAUUGAUGUUAAUUGGAUUUUCUGGAAUGUUUAUCGAUACUGCCUUACUCGCUAUUUGCCUUGCUUUUGCAGAAACAUCUCGUGCAGCAGCUUAUUUCUCGAUCGUAUUGGUAAUCAUGUUUGUAGUUCUAUUUGCAACUGGACCAGGUAGCAUACCUUGGUUUUUAGUAUCUGAAUUGUUUAAUCAAUCUGCAAGACCUGCGGCAACGUCUGUUGCUAUAGCAGUUAAUUGGACGGCAAAUUUUAUCGUCAGUAUCGGAUUCCUACCGCUGCAAGAGGCACUAGGUGCUUACGUAUUCAUUAUUUUCGCCGCUUUACAAGCAUUCUUCGUUUUCUUCAUUUAUAAGAAAGUGCCCGAAACGAAGAACAAAACAAUGGAGGAGAUUAGUAGCAUGUUUCGACAAAUAUCCUAUCAGUAAGAAUUUUUAUAUUGCACUUAGAGAAUUAAUUACAAUAUUUUUAAAGAAACGUUUCACAAAUGAAUGAAUCGAAUGUAGGUAUGAAUUUUUUUAAAGAAUCCGUGACUUGACAAUAAUAGAUAUAUCUAUUUUUAAUAUGUAUAUUUUUAUUACGUUUUUAUAAAAAUUAAAGAUAACAAAAUUAUAUUUUUAUUUUAUGAUUAAUUAAAAGAAUAUUAGUUUAAAUUUUACAUAAUUUAAAUGCUGUCAAGUCACGCAUAUUUUUUAAGAAGUUUGACUUUUAAUUAAAUUUAAACUUAGUUCCUAUUGUUACCGGCACAAUAAACUUAUAGCAACAAACGAGAAGAGUAUCAGAUUAAUAAUAAAAUAUAAAAAAACUAGUAAAUUAAUUAUUUAUCUCAACAAAUUUACUGAUUUUUUUAAAUUCUUUGUUUCUCUUUCUAUAAAAUUAACUUCGAACGAAAUUAAUAACGUAAUGUAGCCCAAAUUUUAGUUUUAGAUAAUUAUACAGAGCUCAAAAGAGAUAAAUAUUAAGAGGUAAAUAUUUUAUUUUAUAAAAUAUAUUUUUAUUGAAAAACAACAAAUUAAAUAAAUAAGGAAAUUGAUGAUAAAUAGAUAUAUAAACAGAAAACAUAUUAAAUAUAAAUAUUUAACUCGCAGUUCCUUAAGAAUAAUUGAGAAAAUUAAGUGACAAUUAUUCAUUUUUAGUAAACAUUAUUUCAUCUUCAAAAAAAAUGAAGAGGCGAUAUUAUUUAAUUAUAUUGAUACUAAUUAUUAUAAUUCUAGUCAUAAAAAUACAAUAUUUUUUAAUUAAAAUGAUAUUUGGAAAAUUUUAUUAAGAUUCACAUAUAUUUUUCAUUGCUGUAAAAAUUAUAUUUUUAAUAUAAUUUUAUUAGAAAUAUAAAAAAUAUUUCAAUUUGUUUAAAAUCUUUAAUAAAAAUUAAUUUUACAUUAAAGAUCUCCGAAAUAUUUAUAAAUGUCUAUAUAUAUUUAAUAUGAUAUAAAUAUAGCAUAAAACUGUUGGAACUUGUGAGAUUCAUUUUCGAAAAAAUUUUAUUAUUAUAAAACUUAAAAAUUUAAAAUAUUUUUAAAAUUUUUACACAUUUUAUUUGUUUCAUGUAUAAAUUUAUAUGAACUUAUGCAAAUUUUGUUGUAUGAGCUAUGAAAAAAAAUUUUAUCAAAAUGAAAAAAAUUAAAAAUACUGUUACUCUUGUACAUAAAAAUAUCAUAGGAUAGUAUCGUAUAGCGUAGAAAAAAAUAUAUAUUUAUACAUGCAUGUAAUUAGUGAAUGUUUAAAUCUGUAUACCAUUGUUGUAUAUUUAUUAGAUAUUUAAUUAAUACGAAAAAUAACCAAAAAUCAUGUUAAAAUAUCGUAAUGACAUAAGAAAUAUUAAGCAUUAGAAAUAUUAAACAACGUUCCGCAGUAAAUUAUGAACAACAUAUAUCUAUGAAUGCAAAUAAUACUCAAACUUAGUUCUAUUUUUUAUGCUUUUUAUGCUGUUAAAUUUAUUUUAAAAUUCAAGUUUUCAUAGUGUGCCGGUGUAUAUCACAAAUACAUUCAAUAAUGAAUUUUAAUUCUUAAAUGCUGAAACAUAUAAAAAUAUAUAAUUAAAAUUAAAAAUAUUGUGAAAUAUGACAUCAGAUCAUAUAAGAUUUAUAUCUUAAGUAUGUCUAAUGUAUUAGAUAAGUAAUAUUUUUAAAAAUAAUUUAGUUAAACGUUAAAUUUUUAUGAAAAUUUUGAAAGAUAAAAAUUUUUUGAAAAUGAUCGAUUUGUAUUUUGAUAUUUUUAGAUAUAUUUAAUAAUAUUUUAGUAAAUAAUAUUUACGAUGUUCUUAUGUAAUAUAUAUAUAUAUAAAAUUUUUAAAAAAUUGAUCAUAUCAAAAUAUCUUAUAUUUCAAUAAAUGAGGUAACGACCAAGUAGAAUUGAAAUAAUUAUAAGACAAACGAAAAAUUAUUAGAUACAUUUCAAUUGUUAAAUUAUAUUCAAUUAUUAAAUCACUUCAUAACUACGAGACACACUGGCAUACUAUAUUAUGCUAUAUAUAAUAAUAAUACAUACAGCAGUAAAUAAUUAAUUUUUAUUUACUAAAUUUACUCAAACAUUUUUUUCUGAUUUAGAAAUUUUAUCUAAAUAUUUAUUAAUAUCAGAGGCUUGAGUAAACAAUAAUCUAUUUUAUUAUUUAUAAUAUAAAAAAUUAAAAAUUUUAUCAUAAUACAUAUAGAUUCUUAUAAUUAAUAUUCAUAAGCGUCAGAUAAGCAGUAAAGAAAAACAUUGAUAUAUAUACAUUUAAAUACCUAAACAUAUUAUUUCUCUUAACUGACGUGUAUGGAUUAUAGUUUUAGUAUACUUAAAAAUAAAUUUAUAUAUGUAUAGCAGGCAAUAAAUUAUUUAUCUAUAUUUAAUAUUUGAAAUCAAAACUUCUAUAUUCAAAAUUUUAAAUAUAUGGCUAGCGUUAUAAAAAUUACAUGAAAAAUGAGUACAACACGACAUAUUUGUAAUAUUUUAAUUUUAAAUUUUUGUAUUCAUUAAUUAUAUCUCGUAAGUAUUUUGCGGUACAAUUACAGCAUUUAGUGUUAGCUUCUUCUUUUAUACGUAAAACCUAUCAAUUAUUCAUAUUUUUUCUUUUUUUUUUCUCCUUUUUUUCUUUUUUCUCCUUAAAAAUUAAUACAAUAUAUAUAAAAAAAAUAUAAUGAAAUAAUUCAUAAAUAUCGCGCUAUAUUAUAUUAUGUUGUUAUUAUUUACACAUUAGAAAGUCAUUACAAUUCAUAAAAUCGUGACAAUUAUUUAAAUAAUUUUUAAUAUCAUAUCAGUUUCAGUUUUAUUAUGACAUAUUAUAAAAACAUGUAUCACAUUAUAGACUGUAACUUUUGAUGCCAAUAUACAAAUUAUCAUUAUAAAAAUUAUACAUGUAAUAUUAUUGAGUAUGAAUUUUAGUUAUUGUAAUUUAAGCUAGAUAUAUUCAUCAUUUAUAGCUUAUUAGUUUAAAUUUUAAAUAAAAUUAUUAAAUUUGUGAAUUUAAGAACAUUAAUUGAAUAUUCCUUUAUACUUAAUACAAAAAUUAUUCAUUACAUGUGUCAUAUUUAUAUAUAUAUUAUAUGUAUAUGUAAUAUAAAAAUAAAUAUUUAAAAAUAAA